AUGCAUUCCGAGACGGUCAUGCAAUUCCCUACUUCUCACAUCCAUCCUCCCCAAGGCCCUCAUACGCACACAGUUAUUCUGCUGCAUGGACGCGGUAGCGAUGGCCCCGAGUUUGCCGAGGAGUUUUUCUCCUGCACAACUUCUAAUAGCCAAAGUCUGGCGUGGCACCUGCCUACCUAUCGCUGGGUCUUCCCAACCUCGCGCGAGCGAUGGAGCGCUACAUUCCAAGAAGAGAUGUGCUCUUGGUUUGAAGCAUGCUCCGUAGAUGACCCCCAUGAAAGACAAGAAUUGCAAAAAGACGGAUUGCGAGAAUCUGUGUUGCGUAUUUUGAGUAUCCUAGAGACAGAAGCCGGAUUGCUGAGUGGACAACUUGACAAGAUUUAUCUCGGAGGAAUUAGCCAGGGAAUGGCAACCGCCUUAUGGACAUUUCUUGCUGGGGUUGGGACUGGCCGAAUCCAAACACCGCUCGCUGGGCUACUGGGCUUCUGUGGCUGGUUGCCAUUCCCACAGCUGCUGGAGAACUUGCCAGAAACGCCUGAUGAGUCUUACAUCCCUCGUAUACAAAGGCUCGUGUCAGAAUUUUUCCUCGGCGAAUCUUCCUACCACGGGCCAUUGCAGGCUAACAGUCCGACGGAUAUGUUGGUUCUCUCAACACCUCUCUUCCUAGCCCAUGGAGCAGAUGACGUGUGGGUAUCCGUCGAUCUUGGGCGCCAGGCAUUUCGGAUUCUGCAGAAGGUUAUGGUCCACGUUGAAUGGAAGGAGUUUAAUGGAGCAGACAAUGACGGCCACUGGAUCAAGGAGCCCGAUGGAUUCGACUGGGUUCUUGAAUUUUUAGACAGCUCUCUGGGAGUUGGCUCUUCAAGUCACCAUAAUAGUAGUUGA